UGAAGCCUCGAACACACAUACACAAACUCCCACACACGGACUAAACUACGGCUGCUCGAGCCCCCCACAUCCCCCACCCUGUGACAUAAUGGCCCCCUUUAGGAGUGGAUUCAGUCUGGAGGAGGAGACGAACGCGCGAGGAGACAGGAAGACCCGUAAGCCACUGGUGGAGAAGAAGAGGAGGGCGAGAAUUAAUGAAAGCUUGCAGGAGCUACGCAACCUCAUCACAGAGACAGAGUUACAGGCAAAAAUGGAGAACGCAGAAGUGCUUGAGCUGACAGUGAAGCGGGUGGAGAACAUCCUGCAGCAUCAGUCUCAUGAAGCCAACACCGUGAGUCACGAGGCCAGUGAGCGAUUUGCUGCCGGCUACAUCCAGUGCAUGCAUGAGGUCCACACGUUUGUGUCCACCUGUCCUGGAAUCGACGCCACGGUUGCUGCAGAGCUGUUAAACCACCUGCUGGAGUGUAUGCCGUUACAUGAGGAGAGUCUUCCAGAGGCACUGCUGGACCUGAUGGCUGACCAAUCAAUGACCUCUGCCAUACUGAGCCCAGCCAGAGCAACAAAUGGGGCAUCUGCAGCUCUUUCCCCAAAUUCCUCCUCAUCGUCACCCUCCUCCAGUGAAGAUCUGUGCUCAGACUCUGAGGAAACUGAUGGAGAAUCAAGUCCAGUUCCAGCUGAAGAGGAACAGGCUACUAUUACCUACAACACAUCCAUGUGGAGGCCCUGGUAGGCCAAGAGGGGGCAGCAUGGAGUGAAAAACACAAAUCUCCUGAUUACUGCAGAAACACUGAAAUGGACACACUCCGUGGGAGUCAUUAGAAAACCUUGCAACCUUGUUUUUCAACGGAAAAAAAGCCGCUGCUGGACACAUUCAUGCUUUACGUGCCUCUCUCCUCUACACUCUGCCUUUUCAUACAUCAAAUUACUUUGGAUAAUAUCCAAAUUCAUGAAACAGCCACUUAGACAUACUAUACAUGCUAAUGUUUGUAGACACCCCUUCAAACUAUUAAAGCCAGGCUCUGUCAAAAACAAUGAAAGAAACACCUUUACAAUAAUGCUGAUUUCUGUUAGCGCUCCUAUGGAAUUCUUGUAGUAUUUUAGCACUAAGCUAACGGCAGUUCACAUGUAUGUGAUUAGUCUAGGCCAAAAAUGUUCAUGUGCAUCUUGUAAAACAUAUUUUAUGCUUAAUUUGAAGUGUAUAACAGACAUAUUAACAUAUUUGACCUCUUAGCAGUUUUACAGUGACUCUUUCAGAAAAGAGCCCUGUUUUCCAUUUCUAACAAGUGACAAACACAUUGGUCACUCUACCACCUGAAUUCAUUUUCAGUAAUGUAUUUAGAACUUUCAGAAAGCUCUAGAGGGGCAUUUUGUGCUUAUCACUGGUGUCAGAAGAAAACCUUGUAUCUCCAAAAUGGUAACUUUACAGGAGAAGGAAAAAACCUAAUUUACGUUUUAAUGUAAGUCAAUGGAACCAGACGUCUGCCUGAGUAAUUGCCCAUUUCCUUUCAUCCAUUCAUCAUGAAAUUUACACACAGUGUAAAGGACAACAGUUAUUAUCAAAUUAUGAUAAAACUGAAAAACAUGGACAGAAAUGGAGAUAUGAGUUUUGUUUUGACAGCAGUGUUAUGUAACUGGUGCAGAUCAUUGGUUGAUUUCACUGUCAGCGCUUAAUAGGAAAUCAUCCGAAUCAACAGAGAGCUAGCUUGGAUGGAUCCACCUACAUAAAAUGUGAGAAAAAAAAUUUGAUCGGACAAUUUUCUGUUGGGCGUUUCAAGAUUUUAAUCCUUUCAUUUUCAACAGAAUGUUAAAAAAUGAAACGAGUAUACAAUAAGAGUUUAAAUACACAUUAGAUGACUCUACUAAAUAAAAAAAACAUAAAAUAUUCAGACAUGAAAUGAAAGUUCCCCACAAGUAAUAAUUUAUUCAGCUACUUUAAGCUCGGGUUUCUCUUCAUUCACACACAAAUCUUUCACCUUUUACAAAAGAUUUCCGUGGAGGGGAACGUUGACGAGUUCUUCUUAUUUUUGAAGGCUCUGCCAGGGCAGAGCUAAAUUUGUGGGUGCAGUCGUGGGCUGGAGGUCAGGGAACUGGCCCUGGGACUGAAAGUUUGCCGGUUCGAUCCCCAGUGCCAACAAUCCAUGACUGAGGCGUCCUUGAGCAAGACAGCUAACCCCCAAUUGCU